AUGGAUGAAGACCCGGUCCCGCUCCAGGAGCUGGGCGCCCAGCUCCGGGACAAGUUCAAAAACUUCGACGACCCCCAAAACUACAAGGAGCUCAAGGAGAAAGCGGUGCAGGAGGGUACAAAGAACUUCGUCGUGCAGUUCGGCGCGAACAAGGCGCAGAUUGCCAUAGACUUGAAUGAAAAGGAGCUCGAGCAGUUCCUCGGUGGUAAGAAGAACAAGGAGAUGCCAAUUCGAUGGAUUAACCUCUGGGACCCGAGUGCGCAACAGGAAUGUAUGAAGACUAUCGGCCACCAUUAUGGCUUCUCGACGAGACUCCAGGCCACGAUAGCGACGUGGGGCCUGGCGAGGAAGCAGGCACAGGCGGAAGCUGCUAUAAAGAGACAGAAGUCAGAAAACGAGAAGGUGCCCGUCCGGCCUGCGAAAGACCCAGAAGAGGGUCUUAACGGAACGGUCGAGAAGGCUCAGGCAAUGCCGCGUGGGUUCUGCCCCGAGGACAUGGGCAUGUUCCGACUGGUACAAGGCACUCUGAACUACUUCACAAUUGAUCACGCCUCACGAUUUAUGUGCAUAGGAGCAAACUGGCUCCAUGAGCGGCCUAAUAUACAUCCACAUGUCUCUAGGCAUCGAAAGCCCGCCCUCGAUUUAGUGAGGCCGAAUCACUGGUCGUGGACUGCUCUCACUAAUGAUUCCACCGUCAUAUCAUUCCACGAAGCUCCAAAAUAUACAAUACCCGACGGUGUCGAUCAAGCUCAAUGGCGGAGAGAAGAAUUGAAGAAGAUGCGAUCCAACACCAUUGAUCUGUUGUCGCAAUUGUCCGAGGUUGGCCUUGUUGAGUAUAAGACCAAGAUCAUGGCCUCGAAAGCCGUGCGCAUGGACUUGAAGCAGCGCGAGCCCCGUGGUGGUCGACAUAGGGCGCCGACCGCCAUGCCUGACGCGCCUAUCGAGGUGGAAGGGUCGAGCAAUUUGUUCUAUUACCUCUUCGAAGACUAUGCAUCAGGUGUCUCCAUCCUCAAUCAGUCCAGAGAGAUACUCGCCGAUCUCACGAGCCAAGUGACACAUAUAAACGAUCGCAAGAACAAAGAUAAAGACAAUUCAGGCAUCAUCAAGAAAUUAUACGAUUUGAACAAAGAGCUUCGACAACUUAGGCACUUGUUCGAAAGCUACGAGGUUCUCAUCAAGAAGAUCGUCGCCCUGGGCAUCGAGUCGUCUGAGAAUAUGACUGCUUCGAACCAUACGAUACAACUUACAACCCGAGAAGUCAAGCUCUCACAGUCAGCUUUUGACCGAUUCGAACGACUCAUGGACCGCCUGCAAAUCCUGAUGCUGAACACGAUUACAGAGUACCUCGACGAGAAGAACUCCCUUUCCAACACCUACUUCAAUCUCAUUGCCCAAAAGGACUCUCAAGCUACCGCGAGAUUGACUCGAAGCGCCACGCUGUUAGCCAAGCUCAGUGUCCUCUUCCUGCCCAUCACCUUCAUGACGUCCUACUUCUCGGUCUCGAUCCCUGAUCUCACAGACCACUACACGGCGAGAACAUACUGGAUUGCCUUCGCCGUCAUUGGAAGUCUCUCUAUUAUCAGCCUGUUCUUUUUCAGUCGUGUCAUUGUGACUGUCAGUGACAUACUCGACGAAUACGUCAAAGUCGUGGAAGAGUGGUGGAUCCGCAAGAUUCUGCGUAAGAAGCAGAAAAAAGAAGAAAAGGACGACUGA